GCUCCGAGUGGUGCGUCGCGAGCAGCCCGGAUCGGGCUCCGUGUGCGCUAAGCGGGCAGAGAGCGGGCAGGGACCACGAGAACUGGAGGUAUAAGGACGAGGCACAGAAAACUGCUUUUUGAAGUCUGCAUGCUGAAUUGGUGACAAACCUAGAAGAAAUAUAUACUGUGGCCUGGAACAGACACUAUUCCUUUCUUUGAAUUAUGCCAAGAAAAAGAAAGCUGUUGGCUCAGUUAAGUGCUCUCCAAAGCAAGUCCAGCAUCGCUCCUUUUGAUGGCUUGGAGAACCUGAAUGUCACUCCUGACAGGGAUUCUUCUCCAAAAAGCAGCAAGUAUUUUGUAGUAGAGAAGAAAAAUUCUCACCAACUAGAAUCAGAUUUUUUUAACCAACCCUGUAUUAGUCUGGCCAAGUCUCUUCUGGGACAGAUUUUAGUUCGCAAACUUCCUGAUGGCAGAGAGCUCCGGGGGAGGAUUGUUGAAACAGAAGCUUAUCUGGGCGGGGAAGAUGAGGCUUCCCACUCCAAAGGUGGGAAGCAAACUCAACGAAACACGGCGAUGUUCAUGAAACCAGGGACUUUGUAUGUGUAUCAGAUCUACGGGAUCUAUUUCUGCGUGAAUAUUUCCAGCCAAGGGGAGGGGGCUGCUGUCCUGCUUCGCUCACUGGAGCCGCUGGAGAAUCUGGAUGCGAUGCGAGCGCUGCGCAGCGCGGCCAGGAAGGCCCCCACGACGGCGCUCAAGGACUGGCAGCUCUGCAACGGGCCCUCCAAGCUGUGCCAGGCCUUCGCYAUCGACAAGGAUUUUGACCAAAGGGAUCUGGCUCGAGACGCAGCCAUUUGGGUGGUGCCUGGGACCAAACCGCAGGGAGAACAGGAUGUGGUGGCUACGGCCAGGAUUGGCAUUGGCAACAGGGGAGAGUGGGCACAGAAACCUCUGAGGUUUUAUUUAAGAGGCAACAAAUAUGUGAGUGUUGUUGACAAGAAGGUGGAGAGAGAGAUGGCAGCACUGAGCUGCUCCUCCUUGAGCUGACUAGUCUUGCAGGAGYUCCAAAGAGCAGGACUUGAGCUGCACUCCAUACAACAGCUUCAAGCUCUGUCCUGGCAGCGGCGAGCACAGGAUGGUGGCUUGGGGGUUUUAA